AUGAAUUUGGUGAUCUCUAGUUUCGCGAAGAGCAUCUACGAUCUGGUCUAUGAGAUCUACUGGGCCUGCACCAAACAAGAAGCUGUGGAAACUCUACAACGCCUUCAUCGCUACUCUCUCGUCCGAUGCAAUCAGGAUGACGAAAGUGGUUGCAAUUUCUUCUCAGUACCUAAUAUCCAACUAGAUCUUCUCCGAACUACUGUUCCAACUAGGAAACAACAGGCCCUUCACUGCCAAUUCGUGGACAAUUACAAAGCUCGCUUCAGCGGCAAAUGGAACCAACUAGCCGAUUUCAAGCUAAUCCACACCUACUUCUGUCGGUCAGUAGGUGAGCAUAUGCUCAAAGGUGGUCGACUGUUUGCUCUAGUUGACCUUCUGACUGACCUCCAGUUCAUUUGUGCUCGUCUACUGGUUCUUGGUUCUUCAACAGUUCUUGCAGAUUUUAGGCGAUAUCGACCUGUCUUUCAACGAGUUGGUCGCAUUACUGAUUGGCACAUGUAUCUUCAUUUCCUCCAAACCACUGCCUACCAGCUAAUAAAUCCCGAUCGUCGAGUUCGUGAACUCCAUCGUCGUGCUCGCUCUCCCACACGUCCCGGCUCCCUCUGUGACAUGGGUACUGAUAGCGGAGGUCACAGUAGAAGUAUUGGUGCUAUCGGUGGCGUCAAAAUUCCCUGUGCCGCUGGUUUUCAAUGUUCCGCUUUAAAGCAAAGCAUGACCCCCGACACCCCUUCAAUGGGAGGUUUUGCUGGGAUGCAUGGCCAAUUCUAUCACCACAGCUCACCUUCUCCACCCACAUUCCGACGUAGUGAUACUGUGGAUCGACAACGUGGAGUCAGCGUGAGGAAGCCACGUAAGGAUUUGAUGGUGAAAGGAUUGGAUUUGCUUCAACUUGGCCUCAUGUUCCCUCAUGAUAAUGCCGUAUUUCAACAGUCGCUAAAUAUACUCAAAGCGGCAGAUGCGGCUGCAUUGAAGGCGAAUAUGGCUCCGACGCUGAGGUACUACUGGUAUUGGAGCAAUAGCAACAGUGCAGACUCCGAGCUUGUGUGGGCCACAAGAACGGGAAAGGAUCGGAUAACUGCAAUUGCUCAUGAAACCAACUACUCUUCACUUCCACCCUCACUUCGCCGUCGAACGAAAAGCAGCGAGGAUCGCUCCGUAAAUCGACGAUUUGUAGGUACCUCAGAUGGUCGUAUCAUUAUUCUUGACGUUACUUCGGGCUAUGAAGUCGCUGUUCAUCAGGUACAUAAGCCUUCGGUUGCUGUUAUGGCAAUUUCUCUUUUACCGGGUAACCAGUUCUGUCUAUCUUGCGGUGCAGAUGGUAGAAUGAUAAACCUUCAUCAGCAUUCAGUUUGGACGUAG